AUGGCAAACCUUGAUAGCGUUGAAGGCUUAGCUGAACUCGGGAAGACCCACGCUGAACUGAGCCCGGUGGUAACUUUACCCUUUGAACAGGUUGCGAAGCUAUUCAAAAGCAAUCCUCAGCCUGCGCCACCGACUUCGGACCUCGAGUUUACUGCGCAAGCAUUGAUGAGAGACGGCUACCAGAGCGAAUACCGAGUUCAUAGACCCGACGACUCAUCUAUCACCCCAUUGGUAGUCCUUGUUCACGGGGGCGGAUUUGUUAUUGGCCACAAUAGCCACAUCAGCGUCUACUCGCGAGCCAUCGCCAAGCUUUAUGGUGUGACAGUCGUGAAUGUGUCUUACCGACUCGCGCCGGAGCACCCAUUUCCUGCAGCGCCCAACGAUGUCUGGGACGCUCUGAAGUGGCUUACGCGACCUGAAGCUGCACAGGAGCUCAAACUCGACACCUCGUUGGGGCUAUAUAUCGGCGGUGUCUCCGCCGGUGCAAACAUGGCCGCAGUCACCGCGCAGCGAUGGGUCACAGACCAAGAGUCUCCCAAACUGAAUGGCGUGUGGCUCAGCAUACCGUAUGUGCUAGAAGCUGACCUUGUCCCAUCCAAGUACAAGCACCUCUGGGUUUCGAGAGAACAGAACGCGGACGCACUGAUCAUCAACAAGAAAGCGAUUGAAUUCUGCACCAAGGCUUACGCGCAUGACUUCUCGUCGCCUCACUGGUCCCCAUUCGCCGCCGCCAAUGCACACACCGGCAUGCCCCCCGUGUACAUCCAAGUCGCUGGCCAGGACCCCCUUCGAGAUGAUGGGAUUAUUUACGAGAAGGUACUUCGGGAGCACGAGGUGUCCACAAAAUUGGAUGUUUAUCCUGGUGUUCCACAUGGGUUUGCUGAGGUGUUUCCUGAGCUUGAGAUCGCUCGCAAGGCUGCUCUUGAUACUUUGGCUGGAUUGGCUGGCUGA